ACAAAAAUUAUAUUUGUAAUUGUUGUUUUUAGUUUAAAACUUCGGUAUUUAAAUAUUUGUAUAUUUUAUACGCAAAACAAUAAAUGCCUCCUUUAAAACCAGUUUCUAUUAUAACUUCUCAAUAUCUGCGUAAAAUGGGUUUGCCACAGGCUAUUCCCAUAGGCACUGGUUAUACUCAUUACUGUGAUUGUGGCACCAAACGUCGCAUAUAUCCCGAUAAAGUACGUUUAGGUUUUAUACCUGACAACUGGUUUCAAUUUUUCUAUCCUAAAACGGGUAAAACAGGACCCUAUAUGUUUGGUCUUGGUUUACUGAAUUAUCUAUUCUCCAAAGAAAUCUAUGUGUGCGAGCAUGAAUUCUAUACGGGCCUCUCCUUGGGCAUAAUGUGUGUGGUGGCUGUAAAAAAGUUGGGUCCAAAAUUUGCUCAAUAUUGUGAUAAAGAAAUUGAAAAAUUCGAAAAUAACUGGAAGAAACAACAUGAAGCUGAACUAAAAGCUUUACAAGACAUGAUUGAUCGUGAAGAAUUAGAACAAUGGAGAGCGGAAGGUAGUUUAUUGUUAAUGCAGGCCAAAAAAGAGAAUAUUGCAUUGCAAUUGGAAGCUGCUUAUAGAUCAGCUAUUAUGCAGGUUUAUAAAGAUGUUAAAAAUCGUUUGGAUUACCAAGUCGCUUGUCGUAAUGUUGAACAGCGUAUAAAUCAUAAACAUAUGGUAUCGUGGCUUGUGAAGGAGGUUACCAAAAAAUUGCCAGAAAAUGUCGAUAAGAAAUUGUUGGCGAAACAUAAAGAAGAUUUAAGUGCUUUGGCGUUAAGAGUUAAAUAGAGGAUGUUCGAAUUUCUAUAUUUUUUAAAUACAUUAUCAAUAUAUUUUAUGGAGUAUG